CUCCACACUUCCGCUUCCGGUGGCGCCCGGAGCGGCGCGCUGUUGAGAUGGCGGCGGGCGGCAGCGAUUCGCGGGCGGGCGACGUGGAGGAGGACGCUUCGCAGUUGAUCUUCCCCAAAGAGUUUGAAACAGCUGAGACACUUCUCAAUUCCGAAGUUCAUAUGCUUCUAGAGCAUCGAAAGCAGCAGAAUGAGAGUGCAGAGGAUGAACAAGAACUCUCAGAAGUCUUCAUGAAAACUUUAAACUACACAGCCCGUUUCAGUCGUUUCAAAAACAGAGAGACCAUUGCCAGUGUCCGCAGCUUGUUACUCCAGAAGAAGCUUCACAAGUUUGAGUUGGCCUGUUUGGCCAAUCUUUGCCCAGAGACUGCUGAGGAGUCUAAGGCUCUGAUCCCAAGCCUGGAGGGGAGGUUUGAAGAUGAGGAACUGCAGCAGAUUCUUGAUGACAUCCAGACAAAGCGCAGCUUCCAGUAUUAAUACCGAAACAUCCUGGUGGGACCACACCCCUGGUACAGCACCACCUUCCCAGGGUGUGGGCUGACCUGCACAGAGAUUCUACUCAGAAAACAGCUGGGCUUGCUUUGGGAUGCGGCUUGGUUUUUGUUUAGGUUGCCAUUUCAAACUUGGCUGUUAAACCACGGUAAGGGUGUCAUCUUCAGGGGCCUUGCAGUGGCUUCCUCAGCUUGCUAAAUCUUCUCCAACCUCUGGGAAGGGUUAGGUAGGGUGAUCCGCAUAUAGGCCAUGCUGUUGACUACCUCAUCCUGUGGUAUUUGGCCCCUGUGUUAUUUUUUAUCCUUAGUAAUUCAUGUUUUAAUUUCAGUGUGUUUAUAGUUUUUGAAAUGAGAACAUGACAAGAAGCUCACGAUGAAAAACAGUUAAAACCAAGGUUAAUUGUGCUGAGUGUUGUGGGCCUUCAGGUAGGCAGGUAACUUCGUCUUUUUGGAAUGUGGUUUUGGAGUACGUCAAGACCUCACUUUGUCACCCCAAAUGAAGAUUUUUUCCUUCAUAGAUCAGACUUGAGGGUCUGAACACUUUGGAGCCUCCUCCUGUGGGACAUACCUUCCACAUCUUUGGGCUUGUUCGUUAGCAACAGGCAGUCUACAAUGGGUGGGACUUGGAGGGAAAGAAUCCGCUGCUUCCAGAGCCAUUGCAGUGAAGACAAUUGAUGUAAGGCUAAUUGGGAGAAACAGUUUAAAAUCUGUACAUUGUAGCUUUGAUUUCUCUGAAGGGAGGUAUAUCUGUUUUCUUCACAGUGUGGGGGUUUUUCUUGGGGGCACUUGCCGUAUUCACGAUCUGAAGAAAAGACUGGAGAAAGAACCAAGUUGACUUUAAAGGUCAAGAUUGUUUUAUGUCACCUGUUGGUUAAGUCAAAAAUAAACUUAUUUUCAUAAUC